UCUAACAAGCCACUUUGACAAUGAGCUUCUGAACACAUUGACUGGGCGUGCCCUAACCGAGUUCGGCAGGCAGUGGAACAUUUGCACCGCCAAAACAGGAAAACUGUCCUUCUUGACAGGCGACAGCGCGGCACAUCCAAGUCAACCCCUUUUUCGAGUUCCAUGCAUGGAAGAUGAUAAAGAAAUGAAAGCUCAAAUAGAAUCUGAAAAAACAGAAUAUAUUGAGAAGCUUCAAAGAGUCGACCGUGAAUUGGUAAAUUAUUUGGUACCAGUGGAACCCUUUGAUGAAAUCAAUGAUGUAAUAAUUGAGAUAAGAGCAGGAGUUGGUGGACAAGAAGCCAUGCUGUUUGCAAACAAUUUACUUGAAAUGUAUUGUGGCUAUGCUUCAUACAAAGGCUGGGAUCAUUACGUGGACGAUCUAUCAGUCUCGGAUUUGGGCGGCAUAAGAAGUGGCAGCAUAUCUGUGAGUGGAGGUGAUGCUUUGAAGCACUACUGCUACGAGGCUGGUGUACAUCGGGUGCAGCGAGUUCCUCUCACCGAGAAGUACGGCCGCAUUCACACCAGCGCCGUGUCUGUUUCUGUCAUGGCUCAGCCAUCAGAGGUAGAAGUGGAUCUACAUGAUAAAGACUUGAAAUUUGAAGCGAAACGAGCUUCAGGUCCCGGCGGGCAAAGUGUCAACAAAACCGACAGUGCGGUUAGGAUCACUCAUUUGCCAACAGGUAUUGCGGUUGAGUGUCAAACAGAAAGAUCACAAAUCAAAAACAAAUCGUAUGCUUUAAAAAAACUGCGAGCUAAGCUUUAUCAAAUUCAGGUUGAUGAACAAAUGAAAAACGUUUCAAGGACAAGGAAAUUCCAGAUGGGCUCUGGAGAUCGAUCUGAAAAGAUAAGAACGUACAAUUACCAACAAGACAGGAUCACUGAUCACAGGAUAGGGUACACAACUCAUUGUAUUGAAAUCUUCCUUUCGGGCUCGGAUGCUUUUGACAAAAUGAUUAAUGAGCUGAGAAAUGAAGCAAAGAAAGAAAGAAUAGUCGAAUUUAUUGAUUCCUUGAAGAAGCAGAAUUCUUAGUUUCCUCUUGUUAUAGUAAAAUUAAUGUUAAUAAAUUAUACCAUUAAAA